AUGUUUCGCAAAUUAUUUUUAUUAUUAUUUAUUUACGCCGCAAGUGCCGAGGAAAAAGUCACCUUGGAUUGCGAAUACCCGGCGUUGUCGAAAAAACUCGACGUUUGCAAAAUAUCGAAUGUCGAGGGAGAUUUCAGUAACAAGGAGGUUGUUUUAAACCCUCGCAUCGGCAGUUCUUUGACAGAAAUAAAAAUUAAACAUGUUCAUUUGGGGCGAAUUCCAAGUUCGAUCAUCAACGAUCACGCAAGCAUUAAAGAGUUGAAGAUCAAAAACGGAUCAAUUUACUCGCUAGAGGGCGUUAGUGACUUGAAACAGUUAGAAGAACUCGAAUUACGCCAUAAUGCUCUUCAUGAGAUCCGUGACACGAGUUUUAACAAUCCAGCAUUGGAAGAGAUUAACUUGGAGUUUAACCUGCUUGAAGUCAUUCAUCCGGAUGCCUUUAAAAAUACUCCUGUUUUGAAAAAAGUUGAACUUGCCCAUAACCUGAUUCGAGUUUUGCACAAAUCUCUGCUAGUUCCUUCUAUUGAAACUCUCAACAUGGAAGGAAACAAACUUGAAUCAAUUGAAGAUGUUUUCACAGGCAAUCAGAACAUCAAACGACUCUACUUGACAAACAAUCAAAUCACGAAAAUCACUGCAAAUACCUUCACUGAUUGCUCAAGUCUCUUCAAACUCUAUUUGGACUACAAUCAAAUCGAAACCAUCGAAAAUGGAGCCUUCGAUCAUUUGGAAUCCCUUCAAGUGCUUCAACUUCAAAACAACAAACUCAAAACCUUUGAACUUAACAUCGGAAGUGAAUACAUGGGCUCAUUGUACAUUGGCAACAAUGACUUGACAAAGCUCAGUGUGAAACUUGCCAUACCUGGAUUGAAACGAAAAUUCACCCUUGAAGCUCAUAACAAUCGCUUAACCGAAGUUGAUAUACCUCGCGAGAUCUUCUUCAACAAAAUUAAGCUACGUGACAAUCCAAUUGCGCAUUUUGCCUUUGAUGGCAUCAAGUCAGCUGAUUUCCUGUACUUUGAUAAUGUCGAUCUUUCAACCUCUGACCUUUCGCCGCUCUUACAAACGCAGGACUUGAUAACGAUCAGUAUGAACGACAGUGGCAUCAACGUAGAGCAAUUCAAGACAAUUGUACAACAUCCGAAAGUGCAAUUAAUUGAUGUCGCACAUAACCCAAAGCUGAGCGAAUUGAACUUUAGUGAGAUCACAAAUGCGGGCAAGAAUAUCGAAGGAAUUAUUUUGAACUUUUGUGGAUUGAAGGAAAUCAACGUUGAAGCUGUGAAGAAAGCUUUUCCUAACUUGAACUAUUUCAAAGUACAAGGUACGGAUAUUGGGUAUGAAGAAGCCAAACGCAUCGAGAAGCAAGUGUCCAGCAAGUCAAAAAUAGAAGAUUUUGCAUAA